AUGAGCUUCAGAGUGUACUUCCCCGAAGGCACCGGGGAAGGUGAUCGCGCAACGGUCUGCACAGGCACCGCCUCAGGCACCGCCAACUGGGCCCCGACCGUGGGAGUCGCUGCGGUAGCCGCUGCAGCAGCGGUCAACCGCGGUCGCCGUGACCGGCUCAGCCGCCGAGCACUUGCUGAGCGUGGCGAAGCGCCCCGCCAAUCGAAGACCAGCAGGUCGGCAGUCACCGAGAAGCUUGUGACCAGCAUCGAUCCUUCUGCGGGACCAGAGGGCACGUACCAGGUGGGUAUCGACUUCAAGAACUGGCUGCAGUCAGCCGAGGAGGAGCUGGAGGUGGAUGGACUGCGCGUUGAGGGCCACAUCCCUGCGUGGCUGCGUGGUAACCUGGCCCCGGCCCUUGGGGACAUUUUGCCCAGUGUUAACACCGCUCGCCUGCCAUCUUGCUUCAACAUGCUGAGCGAGACGACAGAUGAGGAGGAGGACCUGGAGGAGUCUGUGCCAUCUGGGCUGAACCGCUGCCUCGAAGAGCGGGAUGUCUUUGCGGAAGAAGAGGCACUGCUGCAGCCACGGCGCGAGCGCGGAGUGCCAGGUGCAGGUCAGAUCCUCCCAUCUGAGAGGGAGCGCGGCCUUGAGGACUUUGCUGUCGCGUUUGGUGGUGGCGGAGUGCGUUCAGGGGCCUUCUGCAGCGGGGCGCUGUGGGCACUCGCGGAGGCAGGCCGUCUUCGGCACGUGACGCACCUGUCCUCUGUGUCAGGAGGCUCCAUCGCCGCUUCGGGCUUCGCCUCUUUCCUCGUGGCCCGGCAGCCCACCGGGAUCCAGGUGCAGGGUAAGGAGACCGAGCCCGAGGCCACCGACAGAUGGUACAGAGACCCUCGGCUGAAAGGAGGUGGGCUGGCGAGCCUCGAACCUCCCAAGAGCGAAGAGCGAAGGGCGCAGAGUGAGGCUGCAAGGCUAGCCCAGCCGAGUGUGAUUCGUGUUGCGUGA